AUGGCUAAUGCAAGUGCAGCCGAGGUUCUUUUUUCAUACCAGCAGAUGGUCAUGGCUACACUGUCCGAGGGAAUGUUAGCCAGAUCUCUCAUUGUAACACUCCUGUCUAUGUUUUUCAUCAGCUUGAAUGCCAUUAUGGUGUACACUCUGCGAAGCAAAGCUGUUUUUAAAGAGACGCCGCGGUACAUCCUGUUCACACACAUGCUUGUGAAUGAUUCCAUUCAGCUCCUGUUCACAUACAUCUUGUUUAUCUGUAGUGUUUUGGUCAUCAGGGUAAUGAGUGUUGCUUGUGCUUUUUUGAUUUUUGUAUCAACUACAACCUUCAUUAAUGCUCCUUUAAACCUGGCAGUGAUGUCACUCGAGCGCUACGUGGCAAUUUGUUUUCCUUUACGACAUGUUCAGAUUGCAACUCAGAAAAGAACUCAAACUGCAAUCGGAGUGAUCUGGUUCGUCAGCUCCAUUAACAUCCUAUUCGAUUUGUUUUAUGGAGCGACAAAUCCAACAUUUUUUACCUCUGACACAGUUUGCACCAGGGAAAAAUUCUUUUUGAAACCGUGGCAAGUGGAUGUCUUACAGGGUUUUAACAUUUUCUUUUUCCUGUCAGUCACAAUGAUCAUAAUUUUCUCUUAUGUUAGCAUUAUGAUUGCUGCCAGGUCUUUUUCCUCUAAUAAAGAACCAGCCACGAAGGCCCACAAAACUGUCCUGCUGCACCUGAUUCAGCUGGGUCUGUGCUCUACAUCGUUUCUCUACAUCGUCAUAGAGCAGGCAGCAGCCCUGACUGGAAACAGCACUUUCUAUAGGGAGAUGCGCUAUUUAAACUAUUUAUUUGUGUUGAUUCUGCCACGUUGCCUGAGCCCACUCAUCUACGGGCUGAGAGAUGAAGCCCUGAGGCCACUAUUCAUGUACUUCCUCUGCUUUGGCAGAAGAAAACGUGCCAGUGUAAUCAACAUACACUGA